CACAACACAGUGGACAGAUUUAGAUAAAAACAAAGAUUAGAGUGACACAGCCAGUGCCAGAGGUGGCCUGGAGCCCGGGCAACCAUGGGUGGUCAGCUGUCAGUGCUGAUGAGGAUGCAUGCUGAGAGUGUGCAGAACCACAGCAGAGCACCUGAAGAGGACAGCCAGCCAGAUCGCUCCGCCGAUGACCGCCAGUCUGGUGAAGUGGCUGCUGGUCCAGCCAAGUUCCCCGACCUGAGCGAACUGCCCGCCGAGCUCGGCCUGGAGGUCCUCAAGCAUCUGGAUGCCACUGAUCUGUGCCUGGCUGCCUGUGUCUGGCAGAACCUUGCCGAGGAUGAGAUUCUCUGGCAAGGGUUAUGUAAGGACCAGUGGCGGUACGCGUCGGUGUAUCGCCGACUGCGUGCCGGCGGCGCCGACCGCUCCUACCGCCACACCUACCUCCAGCUGGACGAGGGCACGCUCACAUUCAACGCCGACCCGUUCUCAGGAAUGCAGUAUUUCAUCAGCCGCGGUCUGGUCGAUGACGACCCGGCCGAGAUCGCCAUGUUUCUACACAGCAGCAGCCAGAUGAACCCGCAGCAGAUGCGGCGAUACCUGGACCAGCGGCGAGACGUGAUGACGUUGGUGAUGGACCUGCAGAACUACCGCGACCAGUUCCUUCCGGCUGCGCUCAGGAAGCUGUUCAGCAAGGUGCAGCCGCCCGAGGACCGCGGCAACUACCUGCAGACCAUGCUCGACAAGUUCUCCGUGAAGUUCUGCCAGGGAAACCCUCAGCUCGGACUGUCGACAGACACAGUAUACAUCCUGUGUUUUUCGCUCAUCAUGCUCUCCGUCGACCUCACAUCACCACACGUCAAAAACAAAAUGUCCAAACGCGAGUUCAUCCGCAACGUGCGCCACGCCGCCGCUGUGGAUGACGUCCUCAGUGGUCACCUGUACGACGACAUCUACCUGCGAGGUCACAUCGCCGGCCGACGGCCCGCGCUCGGCUGCCGCUAGGUGUCACCACCGUCGGUGAGCCGAUCAGACUGUGUAACUCUCACAACGAAUUAACUAGAUGUGCGGUGCGCACCCCGGUACGGCAGCUGCGGCUGUCGGUACUGAGUUGUUAUCUUGUUUUAGUAUCGGACGUAGUGAUUUGAGCUGCCGCGGAUGGAAAGGGAAACGUUACGUCUUGCGAGGACUAGUAGAGCAACGGCGAAACGUAGAUGAGCCGUCGAUGGGUCAGUACGCACAGAGUGGGCCCAGAUAGGUGCUAUUUGAUCCUUGGAAUUGAGGAAUAGAGCUGGAACAGUCUUAGACUGUUGAGUAUUAAUGAUAUGGUAGAUCAAAUUUAGGUGAAUUUCCUAGAAGAUAACCAGGUUUAGUGGUGCUAUGCAAAGGAAGGAUUGGAGAGGGUUGUGAAGGAUUAAAAUUGGAGGAGGGAUUAUCCAAUACGUAAUGCAGCUCUUAAUCUUAAGCAUUUCAUCUGCCAUUCCUCGGCUUCUGUCAAAUGAGGACCAACGCUGUCAUCUUGGCAGUUGACUGAGAACAUUCGAUCAUGUCUGGGGGCAGCACAGUAUAUUUCUAAGUGUCAUGGCAGCGCCUGAUCCGCAUUAAUCACUGAUUCUAUUCACCGGAUUCACUCGUGCCUGAGUGUCGGUCGCCUGCACGGCCGUCAGCCGGCAUUGGUGUUUGCUCCUAAUCUCUACCGUCCUCGAUCGCUCACCGCCCUUUCUCAGCUCCUGAGCUGGCCUCAGGCUGGUGCGCAAUGUGUCUGAUUCAAUUUCGCGAGAACAUUUAACAGCUUGCUCUCAGGAUAAUCAAACCGUCUGGCUUUGGCCGUGCGGUGUUUUUACAUUAGCUGUUUUGAAGUGACCAAUGUUGGUAAAGUGAAAUUUGGAAACUGGGGUGUUAAUGGAAAUUUGUACCACGGAAGAUAAUUGUUCAACAUUGUCGCUGGUCGAUAAUGCUCUGAUCGAAUUGCGACAGGUAUCGCAACAUUUGACUUAGAAGUUGAAAGAAGAGGGACACUGGCUGUACUUGUACUAGAGAUGAUUUGAUGCUAAAAUUCUGAUUCAGUGUUUCCAUCGAUCAGUGGUAAAGUUACGUGCAGUUUUUUUCUCCUUCACCAUUUAACGGCGUUAUGCGUGCAGCAAAUUUGAGCAUGCAUGACAAAUUCAAAUGGCUCCUGUAAAAAUUAAAAUGGCUCCGUAAUGAAUUGUAUAGAACUCAGUAGGGUUUCGCACAGGUUGUGUGCCAUAUAUUUGCAUGCUGUCGUGUUACGAACUGGACUCGUAGGUAGCUCGAAGGACGCCUGAGCGGGAAACUGGAGCGAUACCAUAGUUGUCUUACAAGUAGGUACUUUGGCACAUCAUUUUCUGGCGGUGUGCUUAGCGCCUGUAGCCCAGACGAGUGGUUUGUAGCUUGUAGCUAGAUAGCGGAUAGCAUAGUCCUGAUGUAUGUUGGCGGCAAUAACGUGCAAUGCUAGCUACAUGUAUUUCUUGACGAGUGUGCGAUGUAUCUGAGGCUUUUCUGCAUCCUCGUGCUAACUCUCCAACUUUGACUCGACUUCAGUCCUAUCUCAUUACCGUUUUAGUGCAUACUGAUGAGUGCUAUGACGUAGGAUAAUGAGCGUAGACGCAUGGGAAAAGGGGAUGGAGUGUCCCAUGAGGUCUGUAGUGUCCUUCAAGGGUGUCCCUCCUUUUGUGUCCUGGCGCCAACUAUCACCAUGCCACUCGCAGCACGCUCUAAAAGGGUGAUGAGAAUCUGACACAAUCUCGACUUUUCCGCCCGGCCAGCCUCCGUAAACGUCCAUUUCAGGGAUAAUGUUAGUUGUUUGACACGCCUGAUUCGUUAAUCUGUCACUCGCUUGUCAUAAUAUAUCGGCCUUAGUGUUUGGGUUGGCUGCCCACUGCCUAGUUUAUGCUCACACGUGCUGUUUGCUGCCCUUGAACGCUCAGUUACUAAGCUAAAUAGAAGGUAUGGACUCGCUGAUCCCUACAAUCAGCGAGCAAAUUGUACGGAUGAACUCGAAUCUAUCAGAAAUUGUUUAAGUUUGUGUGUGACGAACGAGGAAAUCUGUACGUUAUGUUGAAUAUGUGUCUAUACGAUGUUAUUUUUGUGUUGUUUGUGGGGCUGCCGGCAGCUCCAUAAUCCGUGCGUGUUGGGAAUUGUGACGAUCAUGAGGGACGACUUGUUCUGCCAGUCUACUUAAUAUAUUGCUUGCACUAGUCACACUUCAAC